CUACGUUUAUUUAUUGUUUGCUUAAUUCUAUAUUUCAAAUAACAUUGGUUUCAAUUAUUUGGAAAUCUGAUAUGGAACAAAAAGUCCUCAAAAAAAAGUCUAUAUGCACGUUGAUUUAGUUUGCAAUAUGGACAUUAAACAAGAAAUUAAAAACGAAGUACCUACGGCAACAUUCCAAAAUGUAUUUAUUGAUAGUAUACAUAACAUAAAACAAGAAAUUAUUGAUGAUUCAAAUACACACCAAGCAAUCGAAGAAACUACGAUUGUAGGCAAAACAGAAGAGAACAAGUGUCAUAAAGCGAAUGAAAAAAAUUUUGGAAAUAAAUUAAAAUAUUUAAAACAUCGAAGACGAAUUAUUUCGAAAGAACUACUGAAAACUGGGAAACACAUAAGCUCAAAUACUAUCGGUGGGAUUAGAAUAUGUGAGUUUUGUGGAAAUUUAUACACAAAACGAACACAAUUCAUUUGCCAUUUCUUUACAAAUCAUUUUAUUAAAUUACAAAAUAAGAAGAAAUUUCACUCUCAAAAUAUUAAUAGCACAAAUAUUGUAUUAACUAAUCUCAGUUUGAAAAAUGAAAUAGUUGAACAUGAUUUAAAGUUGAACGAUAAUAUCCAUGCUCAUACAAGUGGAAAACCAUUCAAAUGUAACAUUUGUUUAAAAACUUUUUCUCGAAGAUAUGAUUUAAAUUCGCAUAUACGUAGUCAUAAUGGAGAAAAGCUAUUUACAUGCGACAUUUGUUUCAACACAUUUUCCCGUAAGAGUAGUUUAAAUUCCCACGUGCGUAUACACACUGGAGAAAAACCAUUUAAAUGUAACAUUUGUUUAAAAACUUUUUCUCGAAGAUAUGAUUUAAAUUCGCAUAUACGUAGUCAUACCGGAGAAAAGCCAUUCACAUGUGACAUUUGUUUCAACACAUUUUCCCGUAAGAGUAGUUUAAAUUCCCACAUCCGUAUACACACUGGAGAAAAACCAUUUAAAUGUGAUGUUUGCUUAAAAGCUUUUUCCCAUAAAAGUCAGUUAAGUUCACAUGUUUAUAGUCACACAGGAGAAAAGCCAUUCAAAUGUGACGUUUGUUUGAAAACAUUUUCCCUUAAAAGUAAAUUGAAUUUACAUGUUUACAGUCACACGGGAGAAAAGCCGUUCGAAUGUGACAUUUGUUCGAAAACAUUUUCACAGAAGUCUAAUUUGAAUUUUCAUUUACGUAUACACACAGGAGAGAAGCCGUUCAAAUGUGAAAUUUGUUCAAAAACUUUUUCACAAAAAUAUUGUUUAAAUUCACAUUUUUAUAGUCACACAGGGGAAAAGCCAUUUAAAUGCGGCGUUUGUUCAAAAACUUUUUUACAUAAGAAUAGUUUAAAUACACAUAUCCGUACACACGCUGAAGAAACCAUCCAAAAAGAUAUUUACUUAAGAAAUGAAAUGGAUACACAACAUGGGUUUGUUUGUAAUAUUGACAUUAAACAAGAAAAGAAAGACGUAAUGCUUCCAUCAACUUUUCAAAAUGUUAUUAAUGAGAGUACGCAUCUUAUAAAACAAGAAAUUGAUGACGAUAUAAAUAUAAUACCUGUAUUUGAAGAUUAUACGACUGCAGUUAAAACAGAAAGGGGUAGUUCCCUUAAGAUUAAUAUACAUAAUGUUAGAAAACAAUUUAAAUAUGGAAUAUCACCUAAAUUGAAAAAACUUUUUAAAGAUGGUAAACACUUGAAUACCAUUGGUGGGAUUAUGAUUUGUGAGUUUUGUGGAAAUUUAUUCACAAAACGAAAAGAAUACCUUUACCACGUUUCUAUAAAUCAUUUCAUGAAAUUGAAGAAAUCCAAAUUCUACCGAAAAAAAAAUCGCACUAAAGGUAAAGUAAUUAAAAACAUUUUUAUCAGAAAUCUUCAAUAUGAUGUGAAAAAUGAAAUUGAAAUAGUUGAACAUAAUUUAAAAGCUGAAUUAGAAGAUAACGCACCCACUGAUGAUGUCCUCGAUCGAAAAGAAAAGCCAUUUGAAUGUGAUAAUUGUUCAAAAACUUUUUCACGAAAAUAUGCUUUGAAUUUACAUUAUCGUAUUCACACAGGCGAAAAGCCGUUCAAAUGUGACGUUUGUUUGAAGACGUUUUCGCAGAAAUGUUAUAUGAAAUUCCAUUCACGCAUUCACACUGGAGAAAAGCCCGCCAAAUGUAAUAUUUGUUCUAAAACUUUCAGGCGGAAAAGUGUUCUGAAUGUACAUAUGCGUAGUCACACGAAAGAAAAACCAUUCAAAUGUGACAUUUGUUCAAAAACUUUUUCACACAGAUAUUCUUUGAAUAUACACAUGCGCAGUCACACAGGAGACAAGCCGUUCGAAUGUGAUAUUUGUCUGAAAACUUUUUCUCGGGGCAGUCAUUUAAAAUCACAUUCUUAUAGUCACUCCGGUGAAAAGCCAUUCAAAUGUGACAUUUGCUUGAAAAUGUUUUCAAGGAAAUAUCAUUUAAGUACACAUUUGCGUAUCCACACAGGUGACAAGCCCUACAAAUGUGAUGUUUGUUCGAAAACUUUUUCGCGGAAAAGUCAUUUAAAUUUACAUUCAAAUAUUCAUACAAGAGAAAAGCCGUUCAAAUGUAAUAUUUGUACAAAAACGUUUACAAGAAAAUAUCGGUUAAAUUCCCAUUUGCAUAUUCACACAGUUGAAAACAUACAGUAA